CCGCUCCGCAUUAGCAGCGGAGAAAGGAGGACCCCCGGGAGCGGGAUCCCGGCGUCUGGCCGCCCAGCCCUGUUCAGGCUUAGGCCCGCAUGGAGGGGACUGCGGAGUCCCAGACGCCUGACCUGCGAGACGUGGAGGGCAAGGUGGGCAGAAAGACCCCUGAAGGGCUGCUCCGCGGGCUGCAGCGAGGCGAGUGGGAACCGGGAACCUCUGGCGCCCUGAUGCUCCCGGGGGCGCCGAGGACGGGCCACAGCCUGGGGGACAAGAUCGUGGCGCUGAGGAUGGAGCUGGCUUACCUGCGAUCCAUCGACGUAAAGAUCCUGCAGCAGCUGGUGACCUUGAACGAGGGCAUCGAGGCGGUGCGCUGGCUGUUGGAGGAGCGAGGCACGUUGACCAGCCACUGCAGCAGCCUCACCAGCAGCCAAUAUAGCCUGACAGGCGGGAGCCCGGGCCGCUCAAGGCGAGGCAGCUGGGACAGCCUGCCAGACACCGGCUCCACCGACCGGCUAGAUAGUGUCUCCAUCGGCAGCUUCCUGGACACGGUGGCCCCCAGUGAGCUGGAUGAACAGGGCCCCCCUGGGGCUCCCCGUGCUGAGAUGGACCGGGCAAAGGUUAUACCUGGGGAGAGGGCUAGGACUGAGGUGGAUCUGACAGCCACCAGACUAGGGAACUUGAGGGCUGUGUGGAAGCCCCCAGGGGAGGGGCUCCAGGGUGUACCUCCUGAGCUACCAGAGGAUGAGAGUGCCAAGCUGGGCUUUGAGGCCCACUGGUACUGGGGGCAGUGCCAGGAUGAUGUGACCUUCCUGUAACAACUUUUCCAUCCUUUUGUAUUCCUAUGGCUCUUUCAUCACUAGGUCCUGGUCUCCAUCAAAAUUUAUUCUCCCUCAAUCUGGGACUGGGAAGAGGCUGCAUUGAAAUCA